AUGGCUGAGACUAGGAAUGGGCUUGAAACCAGUACUGGGCACAGCAGAGAAGACAAUGGCAGCUGGGAGCGAUACUUGGAAAGGAGAAACCUUGUUUUGCAUUUCCUGCACACUGACCUGAGCCUCCGCAACCUCCAGCACCACCGGAACAACGCCGAGCUGCUGCAGAAGUGUUACUUCUACUUGGAGAUUGAGCCCAAACACGUGAACGUGAGAGACCAGAACCACGUGGUGCAUUGCACCGACAUCGUGCAACUCAUAGACCCCGUCCGAUUGGAGAGGAUGAAGAAGGUGGGGAAAAACCAGACUGAAAUCCAGCUGGUUCUUUUAACUGAGCUCUUAGAACAGCUGGAACAAGGCCGGGAGGAGCUGAGCUGUUUUGUAGAGACCUGGGACAUGGUAACUUUCCUCUCCAGGUGGGACAUGAUUUUGCAGAGACUGGAAGAGCUCUCCCAGUCUGUGAAAAAUCUUCAUUCCUUGCAAGUGCCAGGAAAGCUCUAUGUGAAGCACCGUUUGGUCUUGUAUGCAGGUCUUAGAGGUGCUGGACUCCCCGACAUUCAGGUUUCUCUCUAUGCCAAGAGGCCACUCCUUUUUGAUCGAAAUGAGUCGGUUGCACACAAGGACUGGGCCAAGCUCAAGUGGUACACCGAGGAGCAGGAGUCCCAACCUGAAGAAUGUGAGUUGAUCACGAAAUUACUGACGAAUGGGAGUCAGCCGGGAUACAGUAGCCUUCAGCAAGUCACCUCUAACACGUGUAUAGUCCAGGACCUGCAGCCCGGCAGCUCCUACGAAUUCACAAUUAGAAGGGCAUACACCGCAACGCUCGUCUUUGCAGAGUGGCAUGACAGCAUUACGUUGAAGAUGAAAGAAUGA